AUGCAGCAACAGCCCAAUGGAAUGCCAUAUGGAUACGGCAACGUACCUACCAACUCAGCGCCUCCCGGUCUGAUUACAGACCAGUACAUGAACAAUGAUUCUGGCAUCUCGACUCCAGGCAUCUCACCUACGCACCAUUCAGCCGCAGCCUUGUCGGCGCAGCAGAAGAGAGCUUAUCGACAGAGGCGCAAAGAUCCAAGUUGCGAUGCUUGUAGAGAGCGGAAGGUCAAGUGCGAUGCAACCGACACUUCGAGCUGCUCAGAGUGCUCCAGUCGUGGAGUCAAGUGCCAAUUCACCAAGGAAACCAACAGGAGGAUGUCUUCGAUCAAGCAGGUGCAGGAUUUGGAGAAGCAGUUGGCAUUGGCAAAGCAGCAGAUCAACCAACUACGAAAUAUGCUGCAGGAGGGAGGUGCUAAUGAGGCGAGUUCGAACGCACCGCAAGUGCCGUCGUUGAGCCUGCCAGACACAGGCAAGAGGGAACGACGACAUGUGCCACCCGCAAUCGAUGGCUUUGAUGAGGUGAGGAAGAACAUUCGAACUUACAGCAAGGGCAUCUUCAAGCCUCCUCCACCCUAUCGACAAUUCGGGUCGCAACCAACAUACUCACACGUUACCCACGCGCUCCCGCCAAAACAUGUCGCGGACCAUCUGCUAUCCCACUAUCGUGGCUCUGUUCACAUGUAUGCGCCCCAUCUCCACUGGCCGACGUUUAUACAGGAGUAUGAAGACCUCUACCGCACUGGAACGUUCGAGCGAUGCCGACACAUCUGGGUGGCACUAUUCUACGCUGUCCUGGCAUGCGGCACACUGAUGGAUCCGCAGAGAAGAUCACCGACAGAAGAGUCAGAAGGGGCGCAGUUCUUGGAGAAAUCCAUAUCGAGCAUCAAUACCUGGAGUGAUGAGUUGACGGUGGAUCACGUCCGCACGAGCUUGCUUCUCAGCAUCUAUUUCAUGGAAGUCAAUCUACGAUCUCCGGGUUGGGUCUGGCUGGGAGCGGCCAUGCGCGUCUCUCAAGACAUUGGACUUCAUACGGAGAACGGGCCUUAUCCGCCCAUGGAGACUGAGAUGCGCAGGCGCGUGUGGUGGAGCGUGUAUAACUGGGACAGAAUCUGCUCCAUGGAGAUAGGCCGCCCACUGUUGAUCGACGACGAGGACUGCGAUGUCAGCGAACCUGUACCCGUAGACGACGAAUGCAUUCGACCGAACGGCAUCGUAAUGCCUCCCCCUGGCCAAGCCGUUCCCAGCGGAUUGAUCGCUGUGAUACCCGUGACUCGCAUCACGGCACAGCUCAAGAAGACGCUGAAGUCACAAACCGUUGCAGCCUCUACACUCGCGACUUGCGAUGAGCACUUCAAGUCGGUCAUGGCUUCAUGGCCAGAUCCGUAUCCAAUGCAUUCCCAAGCUCCUUUGGACCCUCGACUUCUUACCGCCGGAUGCAGUUUGCAAACGGCGCGCUUCUUCCUCUACAGGCACAACAUGUCGCCAGCGUGUCGACCGAGCGAUCGACGAGACUCACUGGAUCGAUGUGUCUCGGUCGCCAAAGACACGGCACAUUACGUGCAACGCACUUUACAGCAUCCUUCGACGUCACCGGCCCAGGGGUAUCUCUCACCAACUCACAUGGCUAACUGGGCUGGCCGCAUUCGCACAAUGUGUCCCGCCUUCUUUUGUACGCAUCUAUGGAGAUGUCAACUGGUUCUGUGCUUGCGAGGGGAGUUCGGCGCGGCAUUAACAUUGGUGCAUGUCUCGGCGGCAGUUGGCGAUCUGCGCAAGAAUAAUGUGGGAUGUGGUCGGUUUCUGGCGUUCUUUCUCGACAAACUCAUCGGACGACUACGAAGUGGAGCGAAUCACCAGACGCUGGAGACGGACGAAGAGAUGUUGGCAUAUGCUAGUGGUGAUAUGCAAGGAUGCUCCGAUGACGCGUGGGCUUGGACAGGCGGCGAGACGGGCACAAGCCUUCAUCAGCCACAAGCGAUCGUGAACGGGAGCGGAGGGGACAAACCUGCACUUCAGGCUGAGCAACUGUCUAUGAGUACGCUUUCCGAGCGCGAGGUGCAAGAUUGGGGCGGGUGGGAUCACAUCCAGCGCACGUUGAAUCAGCUGGUGCAAGAGCAGCAAGGUCAAGCUAUGCCUCGACCGACGUCUGCACAUCCACCCGGCCAGUAUCCUCCACCACCGCCAUCUUAUCCUGGACCUCCACCUACUUCUGCGCCUCAACCUCAGCAGUCCAGCCUAGGACCUCCACCACAUCCACACCCUCAGCCUGGAUCAGUGUCGCCCAAUCCCAGCAACAGCGGCGCCAGCAGCAGCAGGAUCAGCAUCAAAGACAUAAUGUGA